UACCUGAGAAAUCUCCAAAGGAUAGGUGGUUUGCAUCACACGUGAUGCAACGCGGCAAAAACACAAAACGUUAGCCAGCCCCUUUUCUUUGAAAGCCGCCUCCCGUAAGACAUGCCCACUUUCAACACUCCAGCUCAUCUCUGGGCUACUCAUUGCGUCACUCAGGCUGGUGACGUAAGAAUAAAGGCGUGCCUUAAGUAGGCGGGGUAUUAAACGAAAUCUGGACGAAUGGGGUCGUGGAGUGGGCCAGGAUUUACCGCGCCGCGUGAUCGGCCGAUUCACUCGUAUAGCAGCUGCCUUUGCAAGCGAUUGCUUCAAGGGUAGUAUUUCGCGUGAAAACGACUGUACGAAAGCGCUCUCUAUAUAUCCGGCUAGAUCCCCCAUCCGAGCGUCCGUCCCAAAUCCGGCUUGAUCCGGGCGAAAAGGAAAGGCUUAUAAAGAUUUGGGGGUUUUGGGAAAGAGUAUGCCCCGCCUAAAUACAAGCUUGUAAUCCCCCGGCCACCCUCCUUUUCUAUCUGCGGCUUUCUUAAUUGAUAGAUGGACAGUUUGAACGAAUCGCUCUGCCUGCAGGACUUCGUAGGCUCCCCGGACCCCACAACACUUGGGGGGCCCAUGGGUCCCUUAGGCCACAUGGUCAGCUUAGGCCAUCACCAUCAUCACCACCACCACCAUCAGUCGCCCUUGACCCAAAGGGCGGGAAUGACCACUGACCAUGGGGCAGUGGUGACAUGCUCUUCAGCACCACACUUGCCUGACUCAGCAUCUGAUAAGAAAAAAAGAGACGGCGGAUCCCUCCACGAAAAACCAAGUCAGAGCGGAGCAACAGCCGAUUCUCCGGCGGACAAUUCGGCGGACGAUGAUCCGAAGAAAAAGAAGCGCCAACGGCGACAACGCACACAUUUCACAAGUCAGCAAUUGCAAGAAUUAGAGGCUACAUUUGCUAGAAAUAGGUAUCCCGACAUGUCUACAAGAGAAGAAAUAGCUAUGUGGACCAAUCUCACCGAAGCAAGAGUUAGGGUUUGGUUCAAAAAUCGUAGAGCGAAAUGGAGAAAACGAGAGCGAAACGCUGCUGCAGAACUUAAAAAUGGCUUCAGCACCCAAUUCAACGGCUUAAUGCAACCUUUUGACGAUACCCUUUACUCUGGGUACUCAACCUACAAUAACUGGGCAGCCAAAGUCCCCUCCCCACUUGGAGCCAAGAGCUUUCCUUGGCCUGGACUCAACUCUGUGAAUGUCAAUCCCCUGGUGACACCAAGCCAAGGAAUGAGUUGCUUUAAUGCUUCCUCUCCCCAAGGCAUUACGAGUUCAAGCAUAAUGCCUAGUGUUAGCAUGCCUGUGAACAGCCUAAGCAAUCCUGCACCUCCUUGUCCUUAUGCAACGCCAACACCACCUUAUGUUUAUCGUGAACAAUGUUCCACGAUGACUUCUAGUAUAGCGACUUUGCGGUUAAAAGCGAAGCAGCACACUGCACAUGGUUUUGGAUCUUACGCGCCCAUGUCACCCCGCCAAACGCCAACACUGUCGCCAUGUCAAUACGCGACAGUUGACAGACCGACAGUGUAAUGGUAAAACGCAAAUUCAUUAGACGUUUAGAGGACAAAGCUCACAUGGACAUAGAGCUAAUAUUAUAUUUGCACAGACCGACUGUUCAGUUGACUUGAAUCUACUCUUUGUGACAAUCCAAAAUUUGUUCUAAUCUGCUUUCAUCAGACAUUAUCCAGAGAUGAGUUUUUCAUGGUUUCUUCAAGUCAAAAUAUCAUAAGAAUUUCUAACUAAUAAUGAAAAUCAAAUAUGAACUGAAUUCUUCGAAGUCCCUCUGAAUAUUGCAUGUUCCUCAGUUCGUAUUUCAAUACAUUUCGUAUAUGUUUUCCCUAAACCAAAUUCUUCAAGUUCAAAUGUUCAAAAUUCUUCAGGAGUUUCUUCACUGGAAUAUUGGUACUUGACUAAGUCUAUCCAAAAUGACUAGGGUCAGCAUUAUGAAUGUGGAACAAAUAUUUUGCUACAUUGGUGCACUCGAUUUGUAUUAUUCUAAAAUAUUAAUUUGAGAUUUCACAUGAAACUGUGAUAUAGUGUACAUUACCAUGCGAACGUUUUACUAUUUAUUGCUUAUUUAGUUGCCAUAUUGUGCGUGUUUUUAUUCUAUAAACAUCAAAAUUAAUUUCUUCCGAAAUCAAGAAUAAAUCAUAAGAUUUAUAUUACAACAAUAAUGAAGAAUUUUCAAACUUUAUCAAAAGUUAAACGCAUGCAAUUAAUCAAUGUCGUUUUGUGCCCAAUCUAUCAAUAUGAAAAUAUAUUUUGUUCUUCUUCUAAAACUAACAUUUACGUUCAACAUCUAACGUUUGGGGAAAAAAUAUUAAAAAAUAUUUUUAAGCAUCGAAUUUAAACAAAUGGUUCAAAUUAAAUUAAUGAAAAAUGUGAAAUAUUUAUUUCGGCAAUCUGCAGUCUUUAUCUUAAUUAUAAAGAUUUUACUUAUGGAUAAAAAAGCACAAUAUCGUAUGGAUUAUAAUACUUGUUUUCAUAUUUAUUGGAUAAUUGAUGAAAUACUUCCUUAAUACCUAACCCAGGUAUAUACAGAAAUAUGUUUUAGAUGCAUGAUAAAAUAUAUUUUAUAUCCUGUUAAAGGUUUAAUAGCAAAACAGGAAUACAUUUCUUUCAGUCGUUCAAGUGUUUGAGAAUUGUAUUCUUUUGAUUUCAAAGUUUAAUCUUUAACUCUCAGUCAAUUGUGACAUAUAACCAAGAUUCAAUUACUUAGUUUAAUUUUAACACUCACAAGAUAUAAUUAUUUAGUUUAAUUUAAUUGGGAAUCUCUAUUCAAUUAAGUGUAAAUGAAAAAUUUUUGGUUAAGCCCCUGAAACAUUUCACUCAUUACAAGUUUCAAAGGUUCUAUUAUUUACUUAAGGAAUAUUUGAAUAAGGUAUACUAUGACGCAACACUUGUCAUCAGCUCUUGACAACAGCUACUAAAUGCUGCAUUUAAAUAGUUACAAAGAAAGAGUUUACAAAAAAUCAAAAUGUUAGGACAAUUAGUAUAAUUUUGAAAAUCUGAUUCAGAAAUGCAAAAUCAAAAUAAUUAUGUAACUAUUGUGUCAUAUAUAAAUUAAAGUUGCAAUUUAAUUUAUGUAUACCGCAAUAUUGAAAUCAUAUGUAGCACAAUUUAAAUUAAAUAUGCCAUUUUUUGUUUCCUGACACAAUUGUUUCCAGCAUGCAAAAAAUAAAACAAGAUAGUUUAAGGAAUGAAAUAUUUUGCUAAAUUACUAUUUGAAUACUGUAAAGUGAUAACAUAUCAAAUAUGUGGAUUUAAUACAGAAAUACGCAGUUGAAAACCUACUUUUAUAGAUAAUUAUAAACAUUAAUUAUACUAAUAAAAAUCAAAAGGAAAUCCUAUAAGAUUUGGUAUAAAUGAUUUUUUGUAAAUCACUUAUACCAAUAGUGUAAAAUUUAAUAUUUGGUUUGUAAAUAAGCAUAAGACGAACUCUUACAAAUAAAUUUUUUCAGCCUCCUUUAUUUCGCUAAUUUGAAAUAUUCUAUGAAUUAUCGGCAUGAUUAGCAUAUAAGAAGAAAUAUGCAAGAGGAAUAAGAAUUAGUGAAAUGUUUUAAAAUCACUAAAUUACAAUUUUUUACACACAAGUAACAAUCACUUAAUAAAUGUAUGUGUCCCUUACAAUUUUUGUGUUUGUAAAUAUAAUUGAAAGGUUCUUUUUAUUGCGGAGAGUUGACUGUUUGUGUGGCUCUUUAUAAUCUUUUUAUUAAAUUAAAAACUAUGCUAGUUUUUGAUUUAUGUUUUUAAACAUUCACCUUUUGGCACGCAACAUACUGGUCCUAUUUCUGUAGAAGUUUUUGUGAAUUUGUUUUUUAAUUAACGCGCAGAAGAAAAAGAAUGAUUUUCUGCAAAUUAAAUAUAUAAGAAGUUAUUUAAAAUUAAAAAUACAAUUCACAGUUUCCUAUUUUUCAAAAUUACUUUAUAUUUAUUUUUAGUGCAAUUCUUAUUUUCCUCAUUAGUUAUAUAAUUUAUUAUAAAUAUCUAGUCAUGAUGUGCAAUGGCUAAGCGAGAGACGAGAAGUAAAUAAGAAUUUUAAAAAAUGUGUAAAUUGUUGACAAAUUUUAAUUUUUAAUGAAGAAGAGAUUUUU